CCGGACCCUCAGCUGCAGCUGCUUCGCGCUGGCGGGCAGCGCGCGGGAAGGAGGCGGCUGCCGUUGCGGCGCUGCUCCACUUCCACUUCCUCCUCGUGGAGGGGGGCCAUGAGCUCAGACACCAGGAGGCUGCUGGGAGGCCGGCGACUCGGCUACUGUACCCUCAACCAGAGCCCCCCUAAUGCCUGCAUGGAAGUCACAGGCUACCAAAGCAAAACAUGGAAGAUCAUCCUCUGCCACUUUUUCUCUCUGCUGAUGGUGGGAAUCCCACUGAUAGUUUUCCACUGGAAGCCACACUUCAAAGUCCGGGCCAAAUGCAGUCGCUGCCCUCUCCACCAAGCUGACUGGGUGGUCAUCCGUGACCAAUUUGGCCAGUAUUUCACAGCCUGUGUCCGAACAGAGCAGAUGGUAGAAGGCAGCCUUGAGUAUGCAAGAGACGGUGGAGGAGACAGCAUCGCUGUGGGUGUGUUUGAGGAUGAAGAUGAAAGUCGAGACACGAUUGGGCUCCAUCGGAAGGAGGAGAAGAACGUCCUUCGCUACUACCAGUUUGAAGGUUUGCGCUAUAUCUGGAUUGAGAAGUGGGGUGUCUUCUGCAAGGCCAGUGUGUUGGAUGAAAGCUGGACUUUCUCUGAUAUCCACCUCUCCCUCUGUGGACUAAGCGCUGAAGAACAAGCUGUCAGGAGAAAGAUUUACGGGCGGAACCUGAUCGAUGUACCUGUAAAUUCUUACUUCAGGCUGCUGAGAGAUGAGGUCUUGAACCCGUUUUACAUCUUCCAGAUUUUCAGCAUCGUCUUGUGGAGCUUCGACGAGUACUAUUAUUAUGCUGCCUGCAUCUUCCUCAUUUCUGCGGUCUCCAUCGGGAUCUCUCUCUAUGAGACGAGGAAGCAAAGCAUCACCUUGCAGAAGAUGGUGAAGAUGGCAGUCAACCUGCAAAUCCGCAGAGCCUCCGGAGAGAUAGUGACAGUGAGCUCCAUGGACCUGGUGCCAGGCGACUGCAUUGUCGUGCCCGUGGAUGGACUUCAGGUCCCGUGCGAUGCCGCCUUGCUGACGGGCGAGUGCCUGGUGAACGAGAGCAUGUUGACCGGUGAGAGCAUCCCAGUGAUGAAGACCUCUUUGCCCGAAGGCCCCCAAGCGACCAGCACCGUCUAUUCCCCUGAGGAGCACAAGCGCCACACGCUGUUCUGUGGAACGCAGGUCAUUCAGGCAAGACCCUACGUGGGCCCUGAGGUUCUGGCAGUGGUCACUCGCACAGGCUUCUACACAGCCAAAGGAGACCUCAUCAGCUCCAUCCUCCACCCCAAGCCACUCAGCUUUCGGUUUUAUAAAGAUGCAUGGAAGUUUGUUGGUUUUCUCACAGUCCUGGCGGCUAUUGGUACUGGCUACAGCAUCUACAUCUUGUAUCGAAACAAGGAAACACUCCGGCAGAUCAUUCUGCGUGCCCUGGAUGUGGUGACGGUGAUUGUGCCCCCGGCCUUGCCGGCUGCGAUGACGGUGGGCACCAUUUAUGCCCAGAACAGGCUGAAGCAGCAAGGAAUCUUCUGCAUCAGCCCCCCACGGAUCAACCUCUGUGGGAAGGUGCGCCUGGUCUGCUUUGAUAAGACAGGGACCCUCACGGAGGACGGCCUGGACAUUUGGGGCGUGGUUCCCCUGGAGAACGGUUCUUUCUUGCCCCUCGUCCAUGAGCUGCGCUGCUUGGACAGUGGCCCGCUGCUCUGCUGCUUGGCCACUUGCCACACCCUCUCUUGGCUUGGGGAGCAGCUCAUUGGAGACCCUGUGGACCUUAAGCUGUUGGAAUCCACUGGAUGGAGCCAGGAGGAAACUGAAGGGGACACGGCAGAGGUGCAAGCAACCCAGCUUUUUGGGACCAGAGCCCUGGCGGUGAUGAGGCCUCCACCAGUGGGAGAGCAGCUUCAUGGCAAGGAACACCCGGCGCCUGUGGCUAUUCUCCGCCGCUUCCCGUUUUCCUCAGCCCUGCAGCGAAUGAGUGUUCUGGUGAAGCCCACCGGCGGGGGGCCUUCGCAGGGGUACAUGAAGGGGUCUCCAGAGAUGGUGGCCAGCCUCUGCGAUAAGGAAUCGGUCCCUGCGGAUUUCACCCAGACUUUGCGCCAUUUCACCAGCGACGGGUUCCGGGUCCUUGGGCUGGCUUUCAAGCCCCUCGCUGCCAUUGGGACAUUCGAAGAGGCCCAGGACAUGACAAGGGACGAUGUGGAGAGCGGGAUGGUCUUCCUGGGGUUCCUGGUGAUGAAGAACGUUCUUAAGCCCGAGACUGCUCCAGUGAUCCACUUAUUGCACAACGCAGACAUCCGAACCGUGAUGGUCACAGGAGACAACAUGCUGACUGCUGUGAAUGUGGCCAGGAGCUGCCGGAUGGUGAAUGCCAAGGAACGGGUUCUCUUCGUCCACGCCGCCCCUCCUCGCGGCCGGGAUGAGCCGGCUGCCCUCAGAUUCGUCCCUUCCGAGCAUCACCUGGAGCAGCCCGAUGGUUCGUAUCAACGAGAGAGCUACUUCCUGGAGCAGCAGCACCCGUACCACUUGGCCGUCAAUGGGCAAUCCUUCGCGGUGCUUUGCGAUCACUUUCCGGAUCUCCUGCCGAAGAUACUGAUCCGGGCCACCAUUUUUGCUCGGAUGUCGCCCGACCAGAAAACUCUCCUGGUCCAGAACUUGCGAGACCUGAACUACUGCGUGGGGAUGUGUGGCGAUGGUGCCAACGACUGUGGAGCUCUGAAGGCGGCCGAUGUGGGCAUCUCGCUCUCCGAAGCGGAAGCCUCCGUGGCGUCGCCAUUCACUUCCAAAAUAGCCAACAUCGAGUGUGUCCCCAUCGCCAUCCGGGAAGGGAGAUGUUCUCUGGUCACCUCCUUUGCGGUCUUCAAAUACAUGGCACUCUACAGCCUCGUGCAGUUUGUCUCUGUGCUUCUGCUCUACACGAUCAACACCAAUCUGAGCGAUCUGCAGUUUUUGUUCUUUGACCUGAUCAUCACCACCACGGUGGCUGCUCUGAUGGGCAGGACGGCGCCGGCGAAGGAUCUGGGCACCAAGCGCCCGCAAGGAGCCCUCAUCAACAUCAUUGUCCUGAGCAGCCUCGCCCUCCAGACCAGCCUCUUCAUCGCCAUCCAGGUCACCAGCUACUACAUCACUGUCUCUCAGCUGUGGUACGUCCCCUUGAACAGUACGGUGGCAGCCCCUCAGAACCUCCCGAAUUACGAAAACACCGUUGUCUUCUGUAUUUCCGGGUUCCAGUACCUCAUCCUGGCAGUAGCCAUGUCCAAAGGGCAGCCUUUCCGCAAGCCCCUCUACACAAACGUGGUGUUCUUGAUAGCCUUAAUCAUCCUUUUCGGCCUCAUGAUCUGGUUAACCCUUUACCCGCUGGGCUUCAUGAGAUACCUCUUGAAACUGAAGGCCAUCGACGACCUGAACUUCAAGCUCGCUCUCCUGGGGAUGGCUGCUCUCCACUUCUUCACAGCCUUCAUGCUGGAGACCUGCCUGGACUACGGGCUUCUCAACGGCCUCCGGAACCUGUGUGGGAAAAAGUCGUCGAAGAAGCUCUUCAAACGGCUGGAGAAGGAGCUGAGCCAGCAGCAGCCCUUGUGGCCUCCGCUCCACGAACCCAUCUUUGCCACCGCCGCUGCCACCCAAAUCACCCCUGUCAUGAGGUGACGCUGGGCGCAGACACACAUGAUGCCUGUGUGGACAUGAAAGACGGAGGCGCCUCUUCUGCGCUUUCCCUUGGUACGGGACCAUUUUAUUUAUUUCCACUGGUCGCUACACUGUCC